CCGGGAGCUGCCGGAGUACGUGAAGGACAGCGAGUUCAUCCUCGGCCACUUCCCGCGUCAGCUGGCCGCUCGCCGAGGCCGCCUUCAGCUUGUUCUGUCGGCACAACGACACGCUCAACGUCCGGACGCAUUUGAUUGGGUUCUGGUGUUUCGGGGAUUGACGGUAGCCAAUUUUGUGGACGUGCCUCACGUGGCGGAUCUUCUCGGCCUAUUCUCAAGGUGCGUUCUGUCAUUCAAUCCUUUACUUGCGUCUGCGUGCACAUUUUGGUGAGUCUCGAUAUCGAAUGGAACAAAUAAUUUCUGUCGGAGUGGGAAUCAUAGCUGUACAUAUAUAGUGCGGAAUUUGUCAGUAGCAGCUCGAUCUGUGUUGAUUGUCAUAGCUCGAUUCACUGUCUCAAGUGGAAUCUGAGAUGAGGCUUGUAGGUGCAAGUUAUAGCUCACAAGAGAGCUUGCUGCAUUGCUCAUUUGGUGAGGAUAUUCAAAUUACCCUGUUUUGAUCAAAUCCUCCACAACCAACUUAAAAUUGUUGAAUGUCACAGCCACAAUCGCUUAGAUUUUUCCUUCUUGUUUAUGAGCAGAACAACGCUUUUAGUCUGUACAAGUCAAUGUAGUAUUGUGAUAUUUGUGGCUUGUUACCAUACUGAGCAACCGGCCAUUUUCAUGAGCCGGCCUUUCUCGCAACUGGCCACCAAAAUUGCCAUUAACUUCAUUUUCUUCUGGUGCUGUAUUGAAAUUGCAGGUGCCAUAGAUGAAUAACUCAAGUUUGUGAAAUUAAGUGCAGGCACAUAAAAUUAAACUCCGAAAGUUUGUUUCACAGGAAUAUGCAAGGGUCGUGCUCCCCAAUUUCAUUGCUGCUAAAUUUCAGGAGUAGUAGCCUGACAGUCAAGACAGUCUUUGUUCAAACGGCAAGUGCAAAAUUAAGAUGAAUAGCGAGGGUCAUCCGUGAUUAGUUUCCAUGAUGGAUCAAAGUAUUAGUAGAAAUUUCCAUUCUUUUCAAGCAUAAAGCAAAGAUCCAAUCCAUUGAAAAAUCUCUCUGUUCCUCAUAAUACAAUAUAGAUUCAGUCCACCGUCAAUGGAUAAUCAUAUUCCAUGCAAGUAGCCACUGUGUCAAGAAAAAGUUCACACAUGGUGGACCUUAUGAUAAACUAUUGCAGAAUGCUCUGAAAGUCGAUUGUUCCUAAGAUUUUCUGAACCAAAUCGUAGUGGUAAAUAGCUUUUAUAGUGAAGAGGAGUUCACUGGAUCUCAAAUUGAAUUUGAAAGUAUCAGCUUAAGCAAACUAGGUGGUUAUUCAGUUAGUGUUCUGCCCAUUCACUUUCACUAUUUUGGCCUGCUCUCUCCCUCCAGCAGACAGGAUUGAACGAUUUUCUAUAAAUUGUGAUCUGAAGAUUAGACUCCGACUAGUAUUUCCAUAGAUUAUGCAAUGGCUCGAUAUGCAAAUCCACUUGUGCAGGUCAAGCUCUACUAGUGCUGGAACUAAUAUAUCUUAUUCAAAGGAAUUGCUUUUGGGCACAAAUUCUUUGGUGAACUUGAGUCAGAUAACAGAAGAAGAAAUGAAGGUUGGUUCACUCCCGGCGGUGACACGUUGGCCGUUCUUCGUCUUCUUAGGCAGAUCCAUGUUCUGCCUCCUCUCGAGCAGCAUUUGCCACCUUUUCUCAUGCCACUCACGCUGCUUGAACAUCCAGCUGCUGCGGAUGGACUAUGUGGGUAUCACGGUCAUGAUCAUCACCUCUUUUCCCCCAAUCUACUACAUUUUCCAGUGUGAGCCCCAUUGGCAACUGAUCUACCUUGGUGGAAUAACGGCGAUGGGGAUGUUCACUGUCAUGACACUGCUAACCCCUUCUCUUUCUUCUGGCAAAUUCCGGGCAUUUCGGGCAAUGCUCUUCUCGUCCAUGGGGUUUUUCGGUAUCGUACCUGCAAUCCAUGGCUGCAUUGUGAAUUGGAGCAAUCCCCACCGCUCAAUCACGCUUGCUUAUGAGUCGGCCAUGGCGCUAUCUUACAUUACAGGAACUUUGUUUUAUGUUAGCAGGAUUCCUGAGAGGCUAAAACCGGGUUGGUUCGACCUUGCUGGUCACAGCCAUCAGAUAUUUCACGUCUUUGUGAUCAUGGGUGCCUUGGCUCAUUAUGGCGCUACUCUGUUGCUCUUACAGUGGCGAGAUAGAGUUGGGUGCAAUGGAACUGUGUAACAAUACUAGAAUUUGUCAAAAUUCGAUUCAUUUUGAUUGAAGAGAGUGUGAGCUAUUAUUUGCUGGGGAUUCGUGAUAUUACGUUGUUAGUGUGUGUACACCCCAAAUCAAGAAGCCUCAAGGAGAGUUGGCGCUCCAUGACAGAGGAGAUGCCUCCAUUUAUAAAGAAGUGGAAUGCUCAUUGUAUUUGUUAUAUACUUCUCAUUAUCCGUGGAUAAUUUGAUUUUACAAUGU